UGAAACGCAUUAAUUUCUGGGAAUUAUCGUCGUUAUACGGCGUGUGAUCGUUUAUGGGUAUUACUCGAGACACGCUCCAUAAGCGUCGCCUUACAGGAGGUAAAAAGGCAGUAUGGAGAAAGAAGCGAAAGUAUAACUUGGGACGACAACCUGCCAACACCAAGUUGGGUCCUAAAGCAGUACGUCCUGUUCGAGUGAGAGGAGGCAACUACAAGUUUCGAGCACUUCGUUUGGACACGGGUAACUUCUCUUGGGGAUCUGAAUCUACUAGCAGGAAGACGAGGAUUGUAGCCGUCGUCUAUAACGCGUCAAAUAAUGAACUUGUAAGGACCAAUACACUAGUCAAAGGUUGCAUCGUUCAGAUCGAUGCUACUCCGUUCCGACAAUGGUAUUCGCAACAUUAUGGUAUAGAAAUAGGAAAGAAGAAGAAGGAUGAUGCACAACAAGAAGAACAGUCACAGACAACUACAAAGGCUGUAGAUAAGCAGAAAGUUUCAGCUGAAAGUUGUUGGCUAGAGUUACUUCGAGGCCUGGCCAAUGUGGACGAUGCGAUGGAUAUAUUUUGGAAGCAAAAGAACUAGAAUUUUAUCAACGCCAGAUGCAACGUCGUAAGAAAUCCGGCAAGCAAUAA